CAGUUGAAGUUAAAAGGUUGACAAAAUGCCGUUCUUCAUUAAAUCAGGACGUGGAACUUCACAAGGAAAUCGAUUUGCCAAGGGAGGAUCUAAACGGAAAUUUUCACAGAACAAGGAUCCAGGAUCUAAGAAAAGACUGAAACGAGAGGAUGAAGAAAUUGAAAGUGAUUCUGAUAUUGGAAGUGAUGUAGAAAACAACAACCGUAAGAUUGGGUAUGAAUCAUCAUCAGAGGAUGAAGAAACUGCAGAGGAAAAGAAACUACGACUUGCCAAACAGUAUCUCGCACAAAUAGAGGCUGAGGAGGCAGAGAAAAGGGAUGAUGAUGAGGAAAUCAACAGAGAUAUUGUUUCUCACAGAUUAAAGCAGGAUAUUCUUGAACAAGCAGGAAGACUUCAGAGACAAGUAGCCGACAAUUACCAGGUGCCUACAGUGGAUGACAUUACAGUUUUGAGAGGUCAUCAACUAUCGGUGACGUGUGUGGUUAUCUCCCCUGAUAGCCGCUACCUAUUCACAGGCUCCAAGGACUGUUCCAUUAUUAAAUGGGACAUUCAAAGGAGGAAAAAGGUUGCUGUGAUAUCUGGAGGGAGGAAAGGCACAGAACAGUCACAUGUGGGACACACUGAUCACAUCCUAUGUUUAGCAAUAUCAUCGGACGGCAAAUAUUUGGCUUCUGGUGGUCGGAAUAAAUUAAUUCAUAUUUGGAAUCCCGAUGAUUGUACACAUAUUCAUUAUUUCCCAGGCCAUAAGGAUACCAUAUCAAGUUUAGCCUUCAGGAAAGGAACCCAUCAACUUUUUAGUGCGUCACAUGACCGAUCUGUGAAAAUCUGGAAUGUGGAUGAUAGAACAUAUAUAGAAACACUGUUUGGCCAUGAAGACGGCAUAACAUGUGCUGACAGUCUGAGUCGUGAUCGAGCAAUCACCUGCGGAGGCCGUGACGGCAGCAUAAGGAUUUGGAAGGUUGUUGAAGAGUCACAGCUCGUGUUUCACGGACAUAGGGGAUCAAUUGAUUGUGUGGCCUUAAUCAAUGAGUCUAACUUUGUAUCAGGGGCUGAUGAUAACUCUAUUGCAUUGUGGGUAGUGGCUAAAAAGAAGCCUCUAGUUACAUUUCACAAUGCCCAUGGCAGAGAUGAUAAAGAGGAUGAUGAGAAAAUACACAGCACAGUGACUUCGUCAGAGAACUGGAUCACAGCCUUAACAUCACUCCAACACACAGACCUCAUAGCAUCUGCAGGUUCCAAAGAUGGCUGUAUUAGGUUAUGGAAAGCAGGAGAGAAUAUGAAGUCCUUAACCCCUUUAUUUACUGUCCCAGUGAAAGGCUUUGUCAACUCGCUGACAUUUUCCAAAGAUGGAGACAUGUUAGUGGCAGGUAUUGGACAGGAACACAAACUAGGAAGAUGGUGGAGGAUCAAAGAAGCUAGGAAUGGUGUUGUGAUCAUCAGACUUAGAAAUAAGUCAUCGACAUAGGAACAACAUCCUCAAAAUUAUCACAGACAAUUUUCUCAUUAGUUUUAUACAGGAAUAAUAAAGACUGACUUCACCAUCAAGCUGAAAUCGAAAAUUGUGCUGUUUUUCUGAUAUUGGAACAAGUGAAAUGGACAUAAAAGUUCUAACAAUUAAAAAUUAUGGAAUAAAAAUUGUAUUCUGUGUUAUAGGUCAGAAAGUAAGAAAUAAAUUUUAAGUAGAGUACACAGGAAGUUAUGCAACACUGAAAUAAAAAGACAGGAAAUUAUGUUACUGUGCCAAUUGACAGGAAGUUAUGUUACUGUGCCAAUUGACAGGAAGUUAUGUCCAAUGAAACGGUACACAGGAAGUUAUGUCAUACUGAAACAGUAGACAGGAUGAUAUGUUAAUAGUUAUGAACAAGAAGUUAUGUCAAUCUGUAACAAUAAACAGGAAGUUAUGUCAAACUCUAACAAUAAACAGGAAGUUAUGUCAAUCUGUAACAAUAAACAGGAAGUUAUGUCAAUCUGUAACAAUA